AUGCAAAUAAGUGAGACCAAUAUUAAUUAUUCUGAAGAUGAACAACAAAACUAUUACCAAAAUCAAUACCCAAUAUCAAUAAAAACUCCAAUAAUUAAUAAUAAAAAUUAUAAUUCAUAUCAUUGUCAAACAUUAUAUUUAAAGAAAAAUAAAAAUGAAUUUGUUAAAGUUAUUAUAUCAAUCUCAAUACCAAAUGUAAUUCAAAUAUUUUUAAUUGAUAAUAUAAAUAACAACAUAGACAACAAAAAUUACAAUGAAAACAAAAUCAAUAAUAAUGACGAUAAUAAUAAUGAUGAUGAACCAAAAGUUAAAACAAUAAAGGUUAUUAAAACAAAAUAUACAAUAAGAGAUACAGUUGUUUUUAGUGAAAAAUCAAAUUCAUAUUUAUUAAUUUUAUUAUCAAAUAAUUCAAUAUGGUAUAUUAAUAUUUCAACAAUUAUAGAUUCAGUUAUUAAAGAUGAUGAUGAUGAUGAUACAAAUGAAAAUUUUAAUCCAGUUAUGAUACUAGAUGAUAGAAAUUUAUCAUGUUAUAUAGAUACUGUUGAUACAAUUAGAUAUGUAUUUUGUUUACAACCUUCAUCUUCAUCAUCACCAUCCAUAAAAUCAACAUUAGUAUUCCUUUUAAAUUGUAUUGAUGAUGAACAAUUUAUUGAAUGUAAAUCAAGUAUUAAAUCAAAGAUAUCAAUAUUAUUUCAAAAUAAAGAAGUUAUUUGUUUAAAUUAUAAAAACUCUUUAUUAAAUUCUUAUAAACCAUUAUUAUUAAAAUCAGAUAGUAAUAAUGAUAAUAAUAAUAAUAAUAACAUUAUUAAUUCAAAACUUAAAGUAUUUCAUAUUGAGUCAUUAGAAUUAAAUUCUCAAAUUACUUCAACAAAAUCAACGAUGAAUGAAAAUAAAAAAGUUAGAUUGACUAAUAAUGAUCCUUUAUUAACAACUGUACAACAACAUCAACAAACUUAUAAUUUAAUUUACCAAGAUCAAACAACCCUAUUAAAUAAUAAUACUCAUUCACUAUUUAAAUUUUAUACCAAUAAUAAUAAUAAUAAUAAUAAUAAUAAUAAUAAUAAUAAUAAUAAUAAUAAUAAUAAUAAUAAUAAUAAUAAUAAUAACAAAUCAAUAUAUUUUAUAUCGAUUUUAAAUUCAACACUAUCAAUAUUAAAUAUAUCGAAUAAUAACAAUAAUAGUAAUAAUAAUAACUAUUUACAAUUUAAAUUGAAUGGUCAUACAAAUAUAACAAAUAUGGAAUUAAUUUCAAAUGAUACAUUAGUUUAUUUAUCAAAUGGUUCAUUGUUUUUUAUUUGUUUAAAACAAUUAAUAUUAAAAAAGAAAUUAAUAUAUAAAUAUUAUUAUUCAUUCCCAAAUAAUAUAUUGUAUUUUAAUGUUAAUAGAGAUGAAUUUGAUUUAAAUCAACAAACAUUAUCAUUAUUUAGUUUAAAUGGUUAUUUACAUCUUUAUUCAUUUUUAGAUAAUAGUGAUUUUAAUUAUAAUAAUAAUAAUCAAGAUGAACUAUCUACCUCUGAUAUAUCAAGUAUUAAAAGUGAAGAAGAUGAAGAUUUUAUUAAAUCUUCUCUAGAUCAAAUUAAACAACAACAAAAAAAACAAAAUUUUUCAAAUAUAAAAAAUAAUAAAUCUUUAUUAUUUACUCAUCAUUUAAAAGAUAUGCAACAAUUACAUAGAAAAUUAGAUUUAAAAAUUAAAGAUCUAGAUAUAAAAAUUAAAGAUGUAAAUAAAAAGAUAGCAACAUUAUCAAGAUUACAACAAAAACAAAAACAAUUAAAUAAUUUAUUUCCUUGUAAAAUACAAUCACUGAUUUCACCAUUAAUUAAUAUAAAUAAUAAUAAUAAUAAUAAUUCACCAUCAUUAAUACUUAGAAUUGGAAUAAUGAAUAAAUCAUUAAUGGAUUUAAAUAGUAGUUGGAAUUUAUUGAUUAGAUUUACUACACCAGAUUUCCCAUUCUAUACAAUUAAUACAAUAUCAUAUCCAAUUCAAACUUUAUCACCAAAUCAAACAUUAAAUUUAGAUUUACCAUUAGAAUAUAAAUCAUUUGAUAAAUUUAAAUUAGUAAUUAUACUAUCUUAUCAAGUUGAUUUAAUUAUUAAUAAUAAUAAUGAUGAUGAUGAUGAUGAUGAAAAUUAUAACAAUAAUAAUAAUAAAAAAAAAUCAAAAACUGGUGGUAUAAAUUUAUUAGUUUUAGAGAAAAUAAUUCAUUUAUUUGAUUUAUUAAAUAUAACUAAUAAUAGUAAUAAUAAUUGUGAUAACAUUAUUAUUAAUAGUUCAAUGAAUCAAUUAAAUCCUUCAAACUAUGGUUCAAUAAUAAAAAUAAUUGAUACAUUAAAAAAAUUAUCAAAUAUUAUCAUUGGUAAUAAUAUUAAUAAUAAUAAUAAUAAAAAUAAUAAUAAUAAAAAUAAUAAUAAUGAUAAUAAUAAUAAUACCAUAUAUAAACCAAUGGAACAAUUAAAUUUUGUUUUAUUAUCAUAUAAUUUAUUACCAAAUAUUAAUAAUGAUGAUAAUAGUUAUUCAAGUAGUAUUAGUAAUAAUAAUGAAAAAAUGGUUAAUAAUUUUUUUAAUAUCUUUUUUAGAAAAUUAAAUAUUUCAAUAAAAUCAAAUAAUAAUAAUAAUAAUAACUUUAAUAGUAAUAGUAAUAAAAAAGAGUAUAAUAUUGAAUUUCAAACACCAAAAAAAGAUAAAAUUAAUUUUAAACUUGAUUCAGUUGGAUCAAUGUAUAGAAUUUCAGUUUCAAGUAAUAAUCAAUUAAUGAAAUCUUUGAUUUUACAAUCAAUGUUUAUACAAUUUAGAGAAUCAGAAUUUUUAAUCGAUGAUCAAAAUAUAAUCAUAAAUCUAUCAGCAUUAAAAGAUAAAUAUAAGCAAUGGAAACAACAUCAAAGUUUUGAUCACUCACUUUCAAAGUUAAUAGAACAAAAUAAUUUAAAUCAAUUUGAAAAUAACAAUCUUCAAUUUUAUGAUCAAAUUUCAAAAAUUAUUCAACAAUUUGAUUCUUUUUUUAUAUUUUAA